GGCGCUAUAACGUAAAAUGAUUCCAAGUUGGUUUGAUUCCAAACUCCUGACGUCAAAAUGACGCCGCAGAACAUGCGUAUGGGGGCGGGACACGACGACGUUUUUCAAACAGGCCAAUCAGCAGCCUCCAUCUUUGCCGGAAGCACGCUUUGCUUGUUUUUUACUCCUAAAGGGGCCGUAUAGCAAGUUCAUGUUAGAUGUAAACGCCUAAUAAAUAGAUCAUUGUUUUUCGCUGACAUUAAAACUGUUUUGUAAUGUUUUGACGCGCAAGUGGUAGACGCGUGUUGCCAAUUAUUAGCAAGUAUUCGCAUUUUUCGAGCCGUAGUCACACACGCGUCGAUUCCGCAUCCGAGCCAGUCCGAGCCAUUUUGCUGCGCACAGGUAAGAUGGCGGUACGUAGAAGCAGCUGAUCAGUGCGUGUCCCGCAUUUAGUGUACCUUUGCACGUAACACUGCACGAUUAGAUGAGUCUCGGCCUCCGUGGUGUGCUUUCGCCCGAGAAGAAUUUCGGAAGCUGUGAACAUCAUGGAAACCGUGAAAGCGAAGCGCAAGGUGAGUAAACAACAUCGACCUCUUGUGCCUAAUGCCUAGACAGUCGCAUCUGAACAUCUGCGGUGGUCGCGGGAUGCUCACAUUUGCUUUUAUUCGCACAGGAUAGCCAAGAAUCGAUGAAGGUUGGAAAGCAGCACGAUGUACUGCAGCAGAUACUGGAAAACAGGAGGAGGCAGGUUGGGCGGGCUGGAGGGCCGUGUGUUGGACGUCUUGAGCCGCACCGGCCCAGGCUACGCGCCGGUCGAUUUUUUUCCUGAUGACGCCGAGCAGGCAAGCUCCAGCGAGGAAGAGGCCGCUGCCGCCCAUGUGCCUCUCCCGACGGCCCCACCCCAAGUAUCCGUGGGCACAGAGCCGGGGACGAGCGGCACUGCACGACCACCACCUCGGCAGCAGCCCCAAAGACCACCUCGGCUGCAGCCCCUAAGACCACCUCGGCAGCAGCAGCUGCUAGAGGAUGCGGCCUGCAGGGCAGCAGAGGAAUGCGCGAGGCAGAGGCAGCUGGCGGAGGCUGCAAACGUGGAGGCUGUCGCCUUCCACCAGAUGCUUCUUGAGCAACACAGACAGCAUCAUCAACAACUGGUGGAGGAGCAGAGGGCCUCUCGCGUGGUGCAGCAGCAGUUGGUGGUGGAGACGAGGGGUUUGCGGGAGGCGACUGCCCUCGUCGCAGCCACCUUACGCCAGCUCGUCGCUGCCCUCGCCCGUGGCCUCCGCGAGCCGCCUCAGCCGUAGUUAUAUAUAUGUUGUUCAUUAUGUCAUUUGUUUAUUAUUUAAUGUUUCAUAAUGCAUAAUUUAUUGCAAGUUUUUUCUUAUGUUUAGUUCCACUUGCUGAGCAAGUUUGUCUCAGUGAGUGAACUGUAUGUCUAAUGUUUCAUCUUUUUGGUUAGGUGUGUGCUUUCGUUUUGUUGUUUAUGAGCUAUUUAUGUAUUCAUUGCUUUUCAAGGAACAUGUUGACUAAGUAGUCACUUUUAUUUUAGCCACAACAGUGUUUCACACACAAAUGCUGUGAUAACAGGUAUUGAAAUCCACUGUUAUGAUUUUCACACUAUAUUUAUGUUGUUUCCAAUCUUAUUUGCCCUAUGGAACCCACAAGUGGCCAUAUUAUUUAUUUUAGCAACACGUGCGUGUUACUUGCAAUAGUUAUUGUGAUAUAUCAGG